CCCAGAUCCAAAUUUAUCCUUUACCACUCCAACACACUUUUCACCAAUUUUCCAUCAAAUUAUCAUUCAAAAUUAUAUUAUUAUUAUUAUUAAGAAUUAUAUUAUUAAGAAUUGUAUUAUUAAUGUUAAGAAGUUGUAAUGAAUAUUUAUUUCGUAAUUUUAGUGUUUUGAGGAAUUUUAGUUAUUUUACCAAAAUCACAUCAAACAGACUUUUUUCCACUUCUACAAAUUCUCGUACUGUAAAUUCUACUACUUUAAACUCUGGAACUACGAAUUUUAGAACUGUAAACUCUGGAACUACGAAUUCUACUGGUGAUACUAGAACGGGUGAAACUGUGAGGGAUGAGAAAUUUGCCUGGCGUCACCGUGUGGUUGGAGCUCAGACGAAUAACAAUUUGAAGGUUGGUCCGUAUAAGCGUGGCCGUUGGUUUGUGAGUUACAGGGAGGAUCCCGGCAGUUUUAUUACUAACAUUUUAAUCAUUCUCGUCACGGGUUACGCCAUUUUUACUCUUCUGCCAGGCGAGUCUAUGAGGGUCAGAAGACAGCGAAAACUCAGACAAAUGCUACUUGAUAAAGCCAACUUAACCGAAGCUGAACUCGACUACAUCGAGAACUACCAAUUCAAUGUAGUAAUGGUUGAUUUGGAAGUGUGGUGAAUAGUUGGAGGACUGGGUUAUGUAAAUUAAGAAAGUGAUGCACUGAUAGUUAUUGGAGGACCCGGUCCAGCCCAAACAAGGCACAGUAAUAACUACAAAGGGAAGGUUCUAGUUUUUGUUAGGUUGAAAAGUGAUUUUAUAGAACUUAAUUUAGGAUAAUUUAAUAAUAAUUUAAACCAAAAUUAUCUAUUUUUGGGGUAAUAACUGGAAAAUUUCGCUCUAAUAGCUGAGUAAUAGUAGUUAAUAGUACUAUAGUACGGUGCUCGA